AUGAGGUUACUGCUGUGCCAACCACCAAUCCUUUUGAAAGGACUAAUAAUCCUUCUGGCUACUGUUUUUAUUAUUCAGUUCCUGGGAAGCCACCUUCAAGAAAGCUCACCUCAGACCUUUACUGUACUGCACCCACUCACCUCAACAUCAACACAAACGUGUCAGCCAAAAUCUCACAUAGUGUUCCUGAAGACCCACAAGACUGCUGGAAGCUCCGUACUGAAUAUGCUAAACCGUUAUGGGGACAGGAAUUCAUUAACAUUUGCUCUACCCCAGAAGUAUCAGUUCAGCUACCCCAGUCUAUUUAACGCUAACAUGGUGAAAGGAUACGAUGAACUCAACAAGCCAACAUAUGAUAUCUUGUGCCACCACAUGCGCUUCAAUCUCCCAGAGAUCAGAAAGCUCAUGCCUUCAGACUCCUUCUACUUCACAAUUCUAAGAGAUCCAGCAACCUUGAUAGAGUCUUCUUUCUCUUAUUAUCACUCAGUGUCGUCUGCCUUUAAGAAAGCCCCCAACUUAACAGAGUUUAUAGCUCACCCUUCUUACUACUAUAAACCAGGGGACAAUGGAAACCAUUAUGCACGCAACUUUCAGUGGUUUGAUCUGGGAUUGAACUCUGACACUCCAUUCAAUGUAUCUCUGGCCAGAGCUGAAGUCAGGGAGAUAGAUAGGGUUUUCCACCUGGUCCUACUCUCCGAGUACUUUGAUGAAUCAAUGGUCCUUCUGAAGGAAGAACUGUGCUGGGAUCUUGAUGAUGUAGUGAACUUUAAGCUGAAUAGCCGUGAGUCUUCCACACCAUUGGAAGAAAGAGAGAAAGAGAUGUUAAGGGCUUGGAAUGGACUAGACUGGUAUCUUUAUGUCUACUUCAACCGUACCUUCUGGGAGAAAGUAGAGAGAUUUGGGAGAGAGAGGAUGGACUUUGAAGUUAGAAGGUUGAAGGAAAGAAGGCAACAGCUAGCUGAGAUAUGCCUAGAAGAUUUGGAUCCUGUGAGAGCAAAUGAAAUCAAAGAAAAUAGCAUUAAGCCAUUUCAGUUUGGGCAGGAGAAGAUCAUGGGGUGGGUGGUGAAAAUGGAUCUUGAGCCCAACACUCGGGCAUGGUGUAUUCAAAUGGUAACUCCUGAACUGCGCUACAAGAACAUUUUGGACGCAAAGCAGUUUCCAGUAGGUGUGUAA